AUGUGGGUGAUCCCUUUUUGCUUCCCUCCAAAGACCCGUUCACCCCACAUAACGAAAACGGUGCUGAUGGAGGGGAAGGUGGAGGAGUUGUUGCUUGACAUGAAAGUCGAGAAAGAGAGAUUCAUGCGCAAUUUCUUCUUUUGCCUUGGCUUUUGCCGAAGUCUAUUUCGUUUAUCAAGGAUGCGUCGGGUGCAUUUCUUGGUGCCAUUGGAGGGUUGGCAUAGAAGAAAAAUGGAGACGGUGACGGUUCGAAUGUCACGGGGAGAUCGGACAACCCCAUGGGGAUUUGGAGUCACCGAAGCCCCGUCAAGGGAUGUUGUCAUCGUUAAUGUAGUUGGUGGAUCGUUGGCCGAUCGAGCCGGUCUCAGAAAUGGGGAUAUUCUCGAUGAGCUUGAGGGACUGCGAAAUCUUGACAUCAACGCGACAGAUCGUCUCUUGGUGACGAGUCGGGACAAAAUCGAGCUCGUCGUGCAUAGGGAAAGCAGAAAAGGAGAAAUGGUGGCCAAAGUGGUGGCAAUGGUCGAGAGGAGAAAGGAAAGGAGAGGGAAUGAAGGGAAUCAAGCAGAGAUCUCAUCAUCACCCACACAGCCACUCCUUUCAUCUUCAUCUUCAUCUUCAUCUCAUUCUUCGUCUCCAAUCGAACACGACGAGAAACUCCGUCGUGAUAUCUACGAGGUUUACAAUCAACUCUGUAUGGUUCAAAUAACCGCCUCACCGAAGCCAUGGAAUGGCAGCGGUGGAGGCGCGUCGAGAGUUUGGAGGCCGGAGAUCACUCAAAACACCGAGAUGCACAAAUUCCAGGAUUCCACUCAUCAAAUGCCCUACAAAGUCUCCCUUGAGCACAACAAUUCGUCCAUCCCACCAAAGGGUUUCAACAACGCGGCGAUGCCCUUCAAUACCGAUCCACGAGUGAAACAUUUACAGUAUAACAGUCCAAUGAAUCUCUACUCGAACACGGCAGCGGCUGAACAAUACGCACAACAAACACAGGGAAUCGUUCAAAAUGAUUCAUCUCUCGGUCGAGCUCGAUCCGAUCAACCAUCCUAUAUGAGAUCAGAAACAUUGAAAGUACUCAAAGAACAUGAACAAAAUGGUCACUCAUCCCAUCCAAACCCUCAAGGUCUCCCCGUCUGCUAUGUGUGCACCAAACCGAUCUUGGGAUUAAUGGCUCAAGCCGCCGGUCAUCAGCUACACGGAGAUUGUCUGGCUUGUGCUACUUGUGGCACUUCAUUGAAGAACAUUGGACAUCACUAUAUCGAUGGGAAAUUCUACUGUGAUAUUCACCAACGAUUGAAGAGAGCCACAAGCACUGGACCUGCUGAUCCAAAUCUCAUGGCCCGAAUCCCGCCAACAGCCGCCCAGCCGACACGUCCAAGUGAACCACCAAGGGGAGCCUAUCAGCCUGAUGGAAUCAACCGUCGCCCACUUUCCGUUUCUCCAAACCCGGGCCAAUGGUCAUCCACUCAACAAUCACUCAAUGUCUCUGUCAGCAAUCCGAGAACACAAGGAGUCAUUAGCCCCGCCAAUCGCGGUGUGCCCAGCUCGCAGAUGUAUGGAAAUGACCUGAACAGAGGAGGAAGCCGUGCACCUCAAGACUACCGUCCAUCACCAACUCUGGCUCCUCCAUCAGGCGCCCCUCCACCACCUCCAUCAUCACAACCACCAAUUGAUCCCUCGAUGAUCCACGAUGUUCACCUGCGUGUCCCCUCCUCCCUCCGUGCCGCUGUUUCCCCUCGUCGUCGUGCUCGUCUUCCUCGUGAAUGGCCUCCAUCAAAAGGACAAGUGAAAACAACUCCAUUUUGGAAUACAGAACUUCAUCAACCUGCUUGUAUCCAAGUUCCAUCUAAACCACACACUGUUUCACUGCAUGAUGCCGUUUUUGAGAUGGAUACAGACCCAGAAGAAAGAAAAGAAUCCCCAAGGAGGAUGACUAUUUUGGAGAGAAGUCCAUCAGGGACGACUUUCAAAAGUUCUCCGAAAAUCAUUAAUCGUCCAUCUUCUGUUCAAUUCGAGCCAAUAUCUAGUCAACCAGAAUUGUUGAAAGCAGUGCAAGUGCAAGUGAAAGAAGUGGCUAAAUUGGACGUUCCUCCACUUUCGACAAGCACUCCACGAAUCGAGCCAGAGCCAGCAAAGGCAAUGAUCAAAACCGAUGCGAUCACAUCAGAUCAAGUAGAACAGAUUAGCGAAUCGAGCGACCAAUCGAGUAUCAGUGAAACUCAAAAUCAGAAUCAAUCAUCGGAUUCCAAUCAAUUAAACACAUCGCAAUGCACUCAAACAACACAAACAAGUCCGGGUUUAGUUGAAGAUGGAGUCAAAGAGAAUAAAAUGGAGAAUAAAGCAAAGAAAUUACAGAAGAAACCAGGAAGGAAAGAUCCCCGAAGACUCACCGCAAUCUACACACCAAAUCUAGAAGAGACACCGAUUGAGAUUGAAGUGAAUGAUGAAGAAAAGGUUGUGAUGAGACCGGAGAAGACACAGACUGUCACUGUGGAGUUGGAUGCGAGAAGAGCUAGCACUGUGCAUGUUCCUGAAAUCUCAAAUCUUCCACCAAUCCAGGAUACAAUCUCUAGAUUUGGCUCCAUACCAAAAAUCACUUCACCGAGACCAUUUGUACCUUUGAAAGAAUCUGUGUACUCACCAGUGAAAAAGCUAGCCGAAUCUCCGGUAGAGCCGAUUAGAAAAGUUUCCGAAUCCCCAAUUCUUGAUCAAUACAAUAAACCUUCUUCAUCUAAUCCAAGUCCAAUCAAAAUUGGUCCUCUCUUGAAAUCAUUACCGAGAGAUCAAUUGCCUGAAGGAAUCAUUGGAAUCAAUGUCAUCUCUAAGCCAUUUAAAGCUCCCGAUAUGAUUGAAUUUCCUUCACAUCGUAAGAGAUAUUCAUACAAUGUUGCAGAAGAACAAAAAGUGAAUCGACCAGCAGAAUUAGCAUCAUUACCACCAUUGAUGAAAGGAAAACAAGUUGUUACUCCACAAGGCUCGCCAUUCUCGACACUCACUCGACAAAAAGAUCCACGCUCUAUUGAAGAGAGAAACCAACAACUUUUGCAAAGAACUCCAUCACCGAAAGGGACAUUGACAAGAAGGACACCAUCUCCUGUACUGAAUAUCUCAAUUCAACCAUUACCUACGAGAAAUGAAGAAGAUCAUUCACUGAAAAGUGUUUCAACUCUUAGAAAAGCUUAUGAACAACAACCGACACAAAUCAGACAAUCACCUGUAAUGGGAAUUCAAAGUUUGGGAAAAAGAACCCCAUCUCCUGGCUUGAAAAAAGUUAUAGAAAAAAAGAAUUUCAUUCGAGAAGAUAGUAGAACGAGUCAGAAUGAAUUUGAGGGAAAUCAAUGGGCAAAAGUCUCGGAAGUCGUUGAUGAGAGUGAUAUAAUGACAGAUACAUCGAGGAGAUCCGAUGAAUCGACAAAUGCAGCUGCUUCUGAAUUGUCUGAUGUUGCGGAAGCAGUCAAAUAUCAACCACUCAAUCAAUAUGAUGUUGAUGAAAGUGAGUUAGUGAAAAUUCGUAAAUCUCAGAAAUCAAAUCAAGAAGAUACUGAUGUGACAGAUAUUGAUUCUGAUGAAGAAAAGGAGAGAUGGAUGAGAGAAGAGUUGGAGUUGGCAAGGAAAGAAGAGCUCGUCAAUCAAAUGAUUCAUUGGGAAAAACCCAUUGUUUAUCGAAGAGAAUCACCAAUUGCGAUAAGAGGUGAACAGAAUCUCAAUCUAACUCCAAAUCAACGACAAACUUUUGCAUUAAAGACAAGACUUGUCGAAUCUAUAGAUGAAAAUGCGAAUUGGGAUGAUCCGAGUGAAAGAGAUACACUCUCAAUGGUGUCUGAGUCGGAUGAAUGGAGAAAGAAAGCUAUGGAAUUGUUGGAUGAUGAGACACAAUUCGAUAGAGAUAUGCAAUUAGUCGCUAAAUUGCAUCAACAAUUAGAGGAGUGUCGAGGAAUGGAUGAAGGAGAUCGACAAAAAGCCAUUUAUUGCAUGAAAAGACAUAAAAAGACAUUGGCUUCUGAUCAGAGAUUGGAGAAGUUGUUGGAUUCAGCUAUUCAUUUUGUCGCUCAUUUAGAAGAACCGCAGAGAUUACAAUGGACGAAAGAUAUGGCUGGUGUAGAGAAUUAUGAAGAACCGAUAAAAAGAGAACAACGAAUGAGUAGACAAGGAUCACGAGAGAAAUCCGGACCUGGAAGUACACCAUAUCCACCGGAAAGGAAAAAUUUUGGACAAGUCCAAGUACAUCCGAUGAAUCCAGUCAUUUUACAAGAAGAAAAGGAGAUUUUGGAUGAAUUGGGAAGAUUCGAUGUGAGGAAUCGAGAAAACGAGGGACAAGAAAGCAUUGUGAAAUCAGAAUCUCUAAAAAGAGGACCGAUCAUUCCAGAGAUUGAUUACCCGAUGGAUUCACCGAUUUUUGCUCGAAAGAACUAUGAAACGUUGCCGAUUCGAACUGAACAAUUGUCGAAUGUCCUCGAAGAAUUGAAUAACAUUAUGAAACCAAGAAGCUCGGAUUUCAUUUCGAGAAAGUUGAAAUCUGUUCAACAAAAAGAAACACAGGAAAAAGUGAACUCCUACGCGUCAAAUCGUCAAAACCAACAACAACAACAACAAACGACUCGUACCACCGACUCGCAUACUCUUCUGAAUCAACCCGCUCAAGGAGGGAAAGUCCCGUUCUGUGAGGCUUGUAAGCAACAGAUUCGUGGAGCUUUUGUAUUGGCUCAAGGUCUUUCUUGGUGUCCGGAACAUUUCAUCUGUGCAAAUGCUUCGUGCGGUCGACGACUCCUCGAAUGUGGAUUUGUUGAGGAGAAUGGGCAAAAAUUCUGUGAAAACUGUUUCGAGAAUAACAUCGCUCCAAGAUGCGCCAAAUGCGCUCGACCAAUCGUUUCGGAUUGUCUGAAUGCUUUGCAAAAGAAAUGGCAUCCUCAAUGUUUCACUUGUGCUCAUUGCUCGAAACCUUUUGGAAAUUCGGCUUUCUAUUUAGAGCAAGGACUUCCAUAUUGUGAAAAUGAUUGGAAUCGUUUGUUUACGACGAAAUGUUAUCAAUGCACUUAUCCAAUUGAGGCAGGAGAUCGAUGGGUGGAAGCACUUGGACAUGCUUAUCACUCUAAUUGCUUCAAUUGCACACGUUGCAAUGUCAACCUCGAGGGUGAGAGUUUCUAUGCGAAAAAUGGAGAACCAUUCUGUAAACUCCAUGCA